CUUAAGUUUGAAUGUCUGAAGCAAGGAACCCAUCAGUCACUUGCCUGAAGCCAGGAUUAUUCAUCUCCUUGUGCAUCCUGGAGCGCUAUGGGUAUACGGCGAGCUCAUAGAGCAUACCUGGCUUUUACUUUCAAUUGUGUGGCAUUUGCCAUGGCUGUGUCGGCUGUCACCACCAGCUACUGGUGUGAAGGGACCAGGAAGGUGGCAAAGCCCUUCUGCACUGGGCUAGUGACAGUCAAGCAGACGUACUGUAUCCGGUUCAACAGCUCCAACAUCAACGACACACGCCUGGUGCAGUACAUCUAUGAGACCGGAGAGGAAAAAUUCCUCAUGAGGAAGUUUCACACGGGUAUCUGGUUCUCCUGUGAACAAACUGUCGACUUACUGGGAUUUGACUGUAGAAGUUUUUUAGAGAUAGCACCUGAUCAUGAAAGAGGGGUGCUGUGGCUGUGUAUUGUGGCCGAGUGUCUGUAUAUAGCUCUGCUGUUCACGGGUGGAUCUCUCUUGAUGUUAGAGAUGUGUCCCUGCUUUAACUUGAUAAACAAACUCAAGCUUAAUGCCUUUGCAGCUGUCUGCACUGCUCUUUCAGGCCUUCUGGGCAUGGUUGCCCAUAUGAUGUUCACAACAGCUUUCCAGCUGGCUGUCAGUAUGGGUCCAGAAGAUUGGAGACCUAAGACAUGGGACUACAGUUGGUCAUAUCUUUUGGCAUGGGGCUCAUUUGCCACCUGCAUGGGCUCGGCGGUCACGGCCUUAAACCAAUAUACCAAAACCAUCAUCGAGUUUAAAUUUAAGCGACGGAGCAUUGAGAAAAAACUGCGCAUCAAGCAGAAGAUUUUGGAGCUGGAGGUACCUGAAGACUUAUGGUACAUCACUUCAUUACAGGAGCAAGCAGACCAACACACAGUUUUCUCUGUCAAUGACAUUGAAACAUCUUACAACAGUGGAGAAUAUUACUUGUGA